AUUUUAGCUCUUUUUUAUACUCAAUCAACUCAUCAAGAUUAAUUCCAUGCCACCCAAGAGAAAAGCCCCUACUAAAAAGUCCAAGGCAGCAGCAGCAGCAGCAGCAGCGGCAGCGGAAGCAGAAGUAGCGGUCGUGAAAUCAGACACAGAACCGGCGGGGCCUGUCUCAUCUGAGACACAAGUAGCCGACAUUGCCGAUGCAGCUGGUACUGAAGUGUCAAAGGAUUCAAAAGAAGUGAACGAGGAGGCUGUCACUGAAGUGAAAUCAAAGAAGACUAGAAAGGCCACCAAGGUUACCACUGUUACCACCACUACAACUAUCACAACUAAAACAGCAACAGCAACAGAAGCACUAGAAACACUAAAAGCGCCAGAAGUACCAGAAGCAUCAGAAGCACCAGAAACAACAGGAACUAUAGAGACAACUAACGAAUUGGUGCAAGAUAAAGUGGAGGAGGAGAAAAAGGGAAAAGGGAAAGGAAAAGGAAAAGCAAAGAAUGAAAAAGAAGUAAAAACAUCAAAAAAGUCAGCGCAAUCCAAGAAGGCGUUAAAGGAGGAAGCAGAUCAAGAUGUUGAAAUGAAGGCAGCGGAUACAGAAGAAGCAUCAAUUGAGCAGAACCAAGAGUCUUCAGUGCAGCAACAACAACAACAACAACAAGAAGAAGAAGCACAAGAGUCAGCAGAUAUGGAUGUUUCUUCCGAACUUGAGGAAAAACCAGCAUCAACGGCAAAAGAGAGUUCCUCUUUGACGAUGGCUGAGAGAAUGGCAAAGUUGAAAGGAUUACGGCAAAAGCUGAAUGCAUCCAAGCAAGCAAAUCGUGCAGAUCUGAUGACGGAGCAUCAGAAAUCAAAGAUCAAUAAGCGUGAAGAAGCAAAGAAGGAAAGGGCACGAGAGGAAGCAGAGAAGCUUAUGGCUAAACGUGAUGCAGAGGAAGCAGGGGAAGAUUAUGAGCGAUCUCAAUUCUGGAACUACUCUGCAGAAAGUGUUGAGAAGUGGAAUGAGAAGCAAGAAGCAAAGAGGCAAAGGAUGGAUAAUAAGUUUACAGACUGGGACCAAGUCAACCACAAAAAGUAUCUCAAACAGGUUGGAGAGUUGAAACCCAAUCUUGCUGCAUAUAAUGCAAAGAAGGAAGCAGCACUGCACACGAAUGAAGAUGGAGAGUUAGUUGUGGCAAGCGACUCUGGAUUUUAUCGAGAUGCCAACUCUGUUGCUUUUCUUUCGGAUGCUAAACCUGAUACGUUGGCAGUGGAUCGAAUGGCGGCCGAUGUGGCCAAACAGAUUGAUGCACGAACGAGGUUCUCGAAACGUAGGGCUCAUAAGGAGGAUGAAGAUGUCAACUAUAUCAAUGAUGCGAAUCAACGCUUCAACCAGAAGAUCUCCCGGUUUUAUGAUAAAUACACCAAAGAGAUUCGUGAUGAUUUCGAACGUGGCACGGCACUUUAAAAGCCUUUCCCAAGUAAAAAAAAUAAAAUAAAAUAAAUAUCAAAG